AUGGAUGAGAAUCAAAACCCCGAGGCUGCGUCGCCUAACACCGUGAUGGUCGACGCGCCCGAGGAACCCCUCGUCGAAGCGAACGGCACUGAAGCCGAGGAUGCCUCCACCGACAACCCCGAAACCGUGGAGACUGACACCCCCCUUCUCGCAAACGACUAUGAGGCCAUGAAGCAGCAUGUGCUCCCACCGCUGGUAGAAGAGCCAAAAAUCAUAGAAGAUCAGGUCCACACAUGGUCUGUGGAAGGUUGGCGUGCACUUUUGAAGAAGGAACAUGGCCCGCUAUUCCACGCCGGCGGCUACCCAUGGCGGAUUUUGUUGUUCCCAUUCGGCAACAACGUUCUCGAUCAGUGCUCGAUUUACCUGGAACAUGGAUUCGAAGCAAACAACGUUCCCGACGACUGGAGCUGCUGCGUACAGUUUGCGCUUGUACUAUGGAACAAGAACCACCCGAAUAUCCACUUCCAGCAUUCUGCCCACCAUCGCUUCACAAAAGAGGAGAGCGAUUGGGGUUUCACAAGAUUCCUCGAAACACGGAAAAUGUUCAACACGGUUUGGGAAAACGCCGAUCGGCCUCUCAUCGAAAACGAUUGCGCCAACAUCAGCGCAUAUGUCCGGGUUGUGGAGGAUGAGACGGGCGUCUUGUGGCAUAACUUCAACAACUACGACUCUAAAAAAGAGACGGGUUACGUUGGCCUUAAGAAUCAGGGCGCAACUUGCUACCUCAACUCCCUCCUCCAAUCACUAUACUUCACAAACGCCUUUCGGAAGGCCAUCUAUCGUAUUCCUACAGAGGAAGAGGAGAGCAUGAACAACAGCGCUUACACAUUACAACGACUCUUCUAUCAGUUGCAAACAUCACCAGCGGCUGUGGGAACUGCGGAGCUGACCAAGUCCUUUGGCUGGGAAACACGCCACAUUUUUGAGCAGCAAGACGUACAAGAGCUUUCUCGGAAGCUCAUGGAACGCAUGGAAGAGAAGAUGAAGGGCACUGAGUUUGAGAAGGCACUGCCCCAGAUGUUCAGUGGCAAGAUCAAGACGUACAUAUCUUGCAUCAACGUCCCUUACGAAUCGAGCCGGAUCGAAGAUUUUUGGGACGUUCAACUCAACGUGAGCGGCAACGAGAACCUUCUCGACAGCUUCCAGGACUACAUCCAGGUCGAAAAGCUUGAUGGAGAGAACCAGUACUUCGCUGGUGACCAGUACAAGCUCCAGGACGCCAACAAGGGCGUUAUCUUCCAGGGGUUUCCUGACGUAUUGCAUCUACAGCUGAAACGCUUCGAGUACGAUAUUCAACGCGACGCCAUGAUGAAGAUCAACGAUCGUUACGAGUUCCCGGAGGAAUUUGACGCUUCGUUGUAUCUGGAUAAGGAGGCGGAUAGGUCGGAAUCCUGGGAUUACCAGCUGCACGGUGUGUUGGUCCACAGUGGUGACCUUAACGCUGGCCACUACUAUGCCUUCAUCAAGCCGAACAAGGAGGGCUGGUGGUACAAGUACGACGACGAUAAAGUUACCAAGGCUACCAAGAGGGAGGUCUUGGAGGAGAACUUCGGUGGCCCGAUCAAGUUGCCGAACGGGCAAGCGCGGGCCGCCGGUAGCAAAAAGGGACCCGUCAUGAGACCUAACAGUGCGUACAUGUUGGUGUACAUCCGGAAGUCUAAGCUCGACAAGGUGCUCUGCCCCGUCACCGAGGAAGACACCCCCGAGCAUCUCCAGAGGCGAUUUGAGGAGGAAUACGUCGCCCGGGAAGCACGGCGCAAAGAGAGGGAAGAGCAGCAUCUCUACCUUGGCGUGAAGGCUAUUACCGAAGCGACCUUCCAGCAGCAUGGCAGCACUGACCUCACCAACUUUGAAGCGACUCCCGAGGAAGAUCCGGCAGCACCCAGGUUUUACCGCCUCCUCCGGACUGCGACGAUGCAAGAACUGGUCGAUCAAGUUGCGGCGGAUAUCGGCCAAGACCCGAAGCGAGUGAGACUUUGGAUCAUGGUCAACCGGCAAAACAAAACCAUCCGUCCGGACCAACCUGUGAUGGAUCUUAGGCCGACGGUUGAAGAAACAUACAACCGUGCAGCAGCCCACCGUGAUCAGGCCUUACGAGUGUGGGUUGAGGUUGCCGAAGAGGUCAAUGCCUCCGGGGCCGCUGUUUGGCCGACAUACGGGCCCGGGUUAGCCAACGGUGUUGUGGUUAAGAAUGACCUCAUCUUGCUUUUCCUGAAGCAUUUCGAUGCUGAGGCCCAGGAGUUGAAGGGCGUUGGACAUGUGUACGUCAGUAAAGAAAAGAAGGUUGAAGAGUUGAUCCCUACCAUCAUGAAGAAGAUGGGAUGGGAAAAGCUCUCCAGCGACGAGCGGAUCCAACUAUGGGAGGAGAUCAAACCCAACAUGAUUGAGAACCUCAAAGGAAAGCAGUCUCUUAAGGCGGCGGAGCUCCAGGAUGGUGACAUCGUGUGCUUCCAGCGAGUACAAGAUCGGAAAUCAAGGUUGGGGUUGACCGAAAAGGCUGACAAACAGGCCGCUGAGGAAGCGAAAUCCUCUGAUCGCUUUGAUGACGCCCGGGAAUAUUACGAUUUCCUCCUCCACAAGAAAAACGUCAUGUUCCGAGCGCAUCCACAGAGAUGUGAUCCAGACGCAUACCCAGCGUUUGACCUGCUUCUGAACUCGAAGAUGACCUACGAUGGGUUGUCAGAGAAGGUUGGCGAAAAGCUGGGCGUUGACGGCACACACCUCCGGUUUUACACGGUUAAUGCCAGUUCCAACAAUCCGAGGACGGCCGUGAAACGAAACCAGAAUCAACUGCUACAAAACAUCCUUGUGCCUGCCGGCUAUGGCCAGCUGAACAUGAACCAGCGCAGCGAUGCGUUGUUCUUCGAGGUUCUGGACAUGAGCCUUGCCGAACUUGACACCAAGAAGAGCAUCAAGCUUACGCUUCUGAGCGAAGGAAUCACAAAAGAGGAGCAACAUGAUGUUCUUGUUUCCAAGAACGGCCUAGUGGAGGAUCUCAUCGUCUCUCUGAUCAAAAAGGCCAAGAUCUCUAGUGAGGAAGAGGCCGGGCCGGUUCGGAUCUAUGAGAUAAGCAACCACAAAUUCUUCCGGGAACUCGAGCGCAACUACCCCGUCAUCAGUAUCAACGACUACACUACAGUGAUCGCUGAACGGAUAGCACCCGAAGAGGCUGAGGUGAAUAAGGAUUCAAACCACUUCAUAUCGGUAUUCCAAUUCCAUGGCGAACCUAGCAGGGCACAUGGCAUCCCGUUCCGAUUCCUUCUUAAAGAAGGCGAGUUGUUUUCCGAGACCAAGAAGCGGCUGGAGAAGCGGACGGGGCUCAAGGGCAAGAGUUUCGAGAAGCUCAAGUUUGCUGUGGUCCGGAGGGCACAAUUUUCGAGGCCGCAAUAUUUGACAGAUGAGGACAUCCUUUGGGAUGUGGCGACGAAUGCGGACGAUUGCCUAGGAUUGGAUCACCCAGACCGGACAAGGUCAGUUAGAAACGGUGCCGGGGACCUGUUUCUCAAGGGCUAG